AUGUCCUCUGAAACUUUUGAAUUUCAAGCUGAGAUCACUCAAUUGAUGAGUUUGAUCAUCAACACAGUCUAUUCUAACAAAGAAAUUUUCUUGAGAGAAUUGAUCUCUAACGCUUCCGAUGCCUUAGAUAAGAUCAGAUACCAAGCUCUAUCUAACCCAAAGGAAUUAGAAUCUGAACCAGAAUUAUUCAUCAGAUUGACUCCAAAGCCAGAAGAAAAAGUUUUAGAACUUAGAGAUUCUGGUAUUGGUAUGACCAAAGCUGAUUUGAUUAACAACUUGGGUACCAUUGCGAAGUCCGGUACUAAAGCUUUCAUGGAAGCUUUAUCUGCUGGUGCCGAUGUCUCUAUGAUUGGUCAAUUCGGUGUUGGUUUCUACUCUCUUUUCUUAGUCGCUGACAAGGUUCAAGUUAUCUCUAAGAACAACGACGAUGAACAAUACAUUUGGGAAUCUAAUGCUGGUGGUUCUUUCACUGUUACUUUAGAUGAAUCUAAUGAAAAGAUUGGUAGAGGUACCGUCUUAAGAUUGUUCUUAAAGGAUGAUCAAUUAGAAUACCUUGAAGAAAAGAGAAUUAAGGAAGUUGUUAAGAGACAUUCUGAAUUCGUUUCUUACCCAAUUCAAUUAUUAGUUACUAAGGAAGUUGAAAAGGAAGUCCCAGAAACCGAAGAAGAAAAGAAAGAAGAAGAUGACAAGAAACCAAAAUUGGAAGAAGUCGAUGAAGAAGGUGAAGAAAAGAAGGAAAAGAAGACCGUUAAGGAAGAAGUUAAAGAAUUAGAAGAAUUAAACAAGACUAAGCCUCUAUGGACUAGAAACCCAACUGACAUCACAAAGGAAGAAUACAAUGCUUUCUACAAGUCUAUCUCUAAUGAUUGGGAAGAUCCAUUAUAUGUUAAGCACUUCUCUGUUGAAGGUCAACUAGAAUUCAGAGCUAUUCUAUUCGUUCCAAAGAGAGCUCCAAUGGAUCUAUUCGAAAACAAGAAGAAGAAGCACAACAUUAAGUUAUACGUUCGUCGUGUUUUCAUUACUGAUGAAGCUGAAGAUUUAAUCCCAGAAUGGUUAUCCUUCGUUAGAGGUGUUGUUGACUCUGAAGAUUUACCAUUAAACUUAUCCAGAGAAAUGUUACAACAAAACAAGAUCAUGAAGGUUAUUAGAAAGAACAUCGUUAAGAAGUUGAUUGAAGCCUUCAACGAAAUUGCCGAAGAUGCUGAACAAUUCGACAAGUUCUACUCUGCAUUCGCCAAGAACAUCAAGCUUGGUAUCCAUGAAGAUACUCAAAACAGACCAGCUUUGGCUAAAUUGCUAAGAUAUAACUCUACUAAGUCUGGUGAAGAAAUGACUUCUCUAGCUGAUUAUGUCACUAGAAUGCCAGAACAUCAAAAGAAUAUUUACUACAUCACUGGUGAAUCUCUAAAGGCUGUUGAAAAGUCUCCAUUCUUAGAUGCUCUAAAGGCUAAGGACUUCGAAGUACUAUACUUAGUUGACCCAAUUGAUGAAUAUGCUUUCACCCAAAUGAAGGAAUUCGAUAGUAAGACUUUAGUUGAUAUCACUAAGGAUUUCGAACUAGAAGAAACUGACGAAGAAAAGGCUGAAAGAGAAAAGGAAAUCAAGGAAUACGAACCAUUAACCACCGCCUUAAAGGAAAUUCUAGGUGAACAAGUUGAAAAGGUUGUUGUUUCUUACAAGCUUGUUGAUGCUCCAGCUGCUAUCAGAACCGGUCAAUUUGGUUGGUCCGCUAACAUGGAAAGAAUCAUGAAGGCUCAAGCCCUAAGAGAUUCUUCGAUGUCUUCAUACAUGUCUUCAAAGAAGACUUUCGAAAUUUCACCAGCUUCUCCAAUUAUUAAGGAAUUGAAAAAGAGAGUUGAAGAUGGUGGUGCUCAAGAUAAGACCGUUAAGGACUUGACUAACUUAUUAUACGAAACCGCUCUAUUGACUUCUGGUUUCACUUUAGAAGAACCAACUUCUUUCGCUUCCAGAAUCAACAGAUUGAUCUCUCUAGGCCUAAACAUCGACGAAGAAGAAGAAAAGACUGAAGAAGCUGCUCCAGCUGCUGAAGCUACUGUUGAAGAAGUUCCAGCUGACACCGAAAUGGAAGAAGUUGAUUAA